CUCUCAAUGUGAAAAUUAAAAAUACUUUUCAGUGCCCUGAAUUUUUACUGUUACUAUUUUCUAUGCUCCCGGAUUGGUUACUUAUAACUAUUGCUAGUGCUUUACUCCCUUUCAUUCCCCCAAGAUGUUUAAGGAUGGAAACAAGAAAAAGUAAUAAGAGAAAUAAGCUAUAUGUAAAAGACAGUUAAGCUUCUUGGCGAGUUGGAAAGCCGUUGGCCAUGGUGAAAUUGUAUUCUUUGUGUUACAUACAAACCAUCUAAACCCACGAAUUUUUUCUAUUUUAUCACACCACAAUUAGAUGUUUAUAUGAAUCCGUGAGAAACGAUGAGUGAAUGAAACAAGUUUACUGAUCGAUUAACAACCUGGAGUAGUACGAAUGCCAAGGAAGUAGUGGUGUCAUUGAUUCCGUCGAAGUGUCAAUAGGAAAUUGAGAAAAAAGUUGGAAUAACUGCAAAAAAAGUAAAAAGUACGCAAAUCACGUCGCAUUUGCAUGUAUGCUGCUAUUCCAAUGCACAACUGGUAUUCUCUUAGUAUAGUAGGGAGGCCAUGAAAAAAAAGACAUACAUAUAAGAAACUGAAACCGAGAUUUGAGUGAUGUGAGAGGGAACAGGGAUCUUGUGGACAACUUGAAUCGCCACAUGAAAGAGAAGUCUUUUAUGUUUUUGUUCAUGCUCUCAGCAUGAGUGGAUUCAUUUAUUUCUUCUUUUUCUUGACAUUUUAAUUCAAUACGAUCUCAAUGGAAAAACAUGAGAUAUUAACGCACAUUGAUUAUUAGAAAUUCCGUCAAUAGAGACUUGUAUUGUACGACUGAUUUACAGGUUUUUUUUCUAUGACUUCAAAGUGAUGCCUGUCCAUCAGAUCAAUGUUAAUCCGCUUGAUUGGCAGCCACCACAAUCACUUGGUCCUUCUAAUAAUACAAGUCCAACGGGAGGAGAAAUUUUAUCAGAAUGGUCCCCACGGGAACCUGCAUAUGCAACAGUUGUCACUGUUAUACCCAACCACUGUCACUCUUCCGUCAGCACUUUGUCAUCUAGUAAUCAUGACAUUUGUCGGAUAUGCCACUGUGAAGGAGAGAUUGGGGCUCCGUUACUUGCACCAUGCUACUGCAGUGGAAGUCUCCGUCAUGUACACCAGGCCUGCCUUCAGCAAUGGAUAAAGGCAUCAGACACAAGGACUUGUGAAUUAUGUAAAUUCACUUUUAUAAUGCACGCUAAGACGAAGCCGUUCUCCGAGUGGGAAAAACUUGAAAUGUCAGCCCCUGAAAUUCGCAAACUGUGGUGUGCUGUUGCAUUUCAUGCUGUGGCUGCAUUAUGUGUUGCGUGGUCACUCUAUGUAUUAGUGGAGAGAUCAGUUGAAGAGGCACGAAAGGGCUUCGUCGAUUGGCCCUUUUGGACAAAAUUGAUUGUGGUGGUAAUUGGCUCUACUGGCGGUCUCGUGUUCAUGUAUAUUCAAUGCAAAGCGUACAUUGAACUCUGCAGAAGAUGGCGGGCUUUCAACAGAGUAAUAUUUAUACAGAAUGCACCAGAGACAGUGGUUCUUCCACCAUCUCCAACGGACUCCCUUCGUGACGUAACAUUACCAUUAAAAGAUCCCACUGUUUCAAUGCCUGAGCUCAAUCGUACUCUAUUGUCGAGAUCCCUAGAUCAAUCAUGCGCAUCAGAAACGGUUAAACCAGAAUCAACUGCCCCAGCACACAGGCACGAUACGCAGCUGAAACUAUAUGUUUUCGAUAAAUUAUCGUCCUCCGAUGAUAAUGUAUAGUAUUAUGCAUCAGUCGAUUUCAAUGGAUUACUUUUUCAUGUAAAAGGAGAAUACAUGAAUAUGUAAAACCAAUGAUUGAAGAAGAAAGAACGGAGCGGAUAUUUACUUGAUCCGUAAUUUUUUUAAUAGCCAUCCGAAAGUAAGAUCCGGCGUAAUGAAAAAAUAAACGGAACAGGAAAAACAAUUUAUUUAAUAAUCUAAUUUGCUUCCAAAGAUACAACUAAAGAUUUGUAUCUAGCACCUUUUUUUCUGGAGCACAAUUACUUCAUACCUAGUACUCCAGUGACUAUAAAAUUGAAGAACGAAAAAAACACGGAGAGGGACAAUAGGGGGAAUGUGAGUUCUUCGGUUUAUAUAUGCGAAUGACGAUCUCACUCCCCCUCAUGAAACAAUUAUGUACAUAAUUAUUGUAUCUGUGAUGUUACUAAAUAAACUUUACCAUAUUUAAA